CUCACACAGUGGGACUAAUUUGGCGACUCCUGUUUAUCAACGAAACAAGAUGUCGUUUCUGCUUGGCAUGAUGUUUUUCCUGAUGUACGCAGCAGGUGAGGAGCUGUGCCCUAGCAAGUGUGAGUGCAACGGAACAACAGGCUUUGUCAUGUGUUACAGUGCAGGCUACAAGAGAGUCCCGCAGCUUCCUCGGUAUACUAAACAACUUAUUUUCACGGGGAACAACUUGGGAAAUGUCUCCUCUCAAACAUUCAAGAACGUAGACACAUUGAAGAUUACCUAUUUGAAACUGGAUACGUGUAAUAUCACUGGUGUGUCUUCCGAUGCAUUUUUAUUUCUUCAUUCUCUGGAAACUUUGGAUCUCAGCAGAAACAAUUUACGAAAACUUGUAAAGCAAGUGUUAAAGGCCGUACAUGUAACAAACAUUACACACUUAAGUCUCGCCAAUGCCAUGAUAACGUCAAUACCAAAUGCAUCUGAAAUGUGUCCAAAGACUUUGAAGAAUUUAAACCUUGGUAACAAUAGAAUAUGGUAUCUUAACACGACGAGUCUUAAACAUGGAUGCCCAAGUGUAGAAAAUCUAACUUUGAGUGGCAAUUAUUUGAGAAAAUUGAAUUUCACAAGCAUUCCUGAAAACGUCAAGAGCUUACAACUGCACUCUACAAAACUAUGUCAAGAACUCCCUGUAUUAUGUAGAAACAAACAACCUAUCCUACGGUUUUUAUCUCAUCUCGAUCUCUCGCACAAUGCAUUUACAUCCAUCGAUAUCCUCAGACAAGAAGGAGACUGUUUACCCUCGCUCCAGACGUUAAUUCUCGACAGUAAUGCUUAUUUGAUACGUAUAGAUACACAAGUAUUUUCAAAUCUUGUUCUGUUAAGGAAUCUUUCAUUAAGACAAAUGAAUCCUCUGACUAAAAUUGACGGCAAUGCGUUCGUUUCAAAAACGCUCGAAUCGCUGCAGCUCGAAAUCACCGAAAGUAAAGUCAUUAAGAACCAUCCAGGAUCGUAUCACUUCUUUCAGAACUGCAGUGGCCUUACUAGACUAUCUGUAAAGAACCUGAACUUAAAAGCCUUCAAUGAAAAUGAAUUAAACUUGUUAUUUUUACCAUUAGUCAACUUAGAGGAGUUAGAAUUAAUAGAUUGUGGACUCACACAAAUUGGAUUUGUUGGAAAGUUUCCUGAACUCAGACGCCUCAAUUUACACAAGAAUUAUAUAUCUUACUGGGAUGCAAACAUAUUCAUUCAUAAACGAAAUUUUGAGCAUAUUGAUUUCAGCAGAAAUCAUAUUGCAAUGCUUAAAAAAAGUGAUUUUCCAGAUAAAAUCUGGAGAAAGACGCCAAGCAUUGAUCUCCAUGGUAACCCGUUUGAUUGCACAUAUGGCCUGUGUGGAUUUAGACACUGGGUGUCAGAUAAUUAUAACAAAUUAAAAGGUUAUCCAGAACAAUAUUUUUGUGAAUCUCCUGACAAUUUGAAGGGAAUUCAGCUGUACAGCUGGUCACCAACUGACGAAGAAUGCAGAAAACCGGAGAAACAAAACAAUGGCAGUGUGUUGAUGGAGGCGGGUAUUAUAGUAGGGAGUGUGGUAGUAGUGGCGUGUAUCAUAGGUGUUGUCAUUUACAGGAAAAGGUGGAAUAUCAAACAUUAUAUUUAUCUAAUGAGAUCUCGGAAGGGCUACGAGAGUUUGCCUGAUGGAGAGGCCUAUAUUUACGACGCCUUCGUAGCAUACCAUUACACGGAUCGGCCAUGGAUUGUUUCCCAUCUUCUCCCGUAUUUAGAAUCUCAGAAGAAGCUCAGACUUUGUCUACACGAACGGGAUUUUAUACCGGGAAACUUUAUAGCAGAUAACAUCCUCAACAACAUAGAAUCCAGUCGAAAGGUUAUUGUCGUUCUCUCCAACAACUUUGCCCGGAGCGAGUGGUGCCAGUUCGAGGCCACCACAGCUUACAGAAGAGUAGUGAGCGACGGUGUAUCCUCUGUAGUCCUAAUUCUCCUGGAGGAGAUCAGUGCACGCAAUGUCAACAGCGUACUUGGCAAUUUGUUACAGACAAUGACAUACAUAGACUGGACAAACAAGGACGCGGGACGAGCGUUGUUUUGGUCACGAUUGGACGAUUCUCUUAAAUAAAUGUUAGCGUUGUUUAUUGAUAGCCUAGGCCGGUAUCAACAAUUCAUGCUUCCUUCUUUCCGCAUGAUCUGCUGUUUUGCAGGUUUACUUUAGAUAUGAACUUUGCUAUUUUCACCAUGAAUAUAUGAUUUUAUGAUCAAUAUAUAUCAAUCUUGUUCAACACAUAGUGUGGCUGAGUGAAAUAUAAAAUGUUUGACAUUUACAAUGCUAAACGUCUAUUGCAAAGGUAGAACAUGAAAUUAACUAUAUAAACAUUAUCGUAUAUCGUUAACAGUGUAUCAGUAGUCAACAACAUGUAUAUUGCCAUACUGUUUACUUAUCGUUAACAGUGUAUCAGUAGUCAACAACAUGUAUAUUGUCAUACUGUUUACAUAUCGUUAACAGUGUAUCAGUAGUCAACAACAUGUAUAUUGCCAUACUGUUUACUUAUCGUUAACAUUGUUUCAGUAGUCAACAACAUGUAUAUUGUCAUA